AUGGAAGCAACGGACGCCAAACCCACCACAACACAAGCAUAUCUUAUAAAUAUCGAUCGGAUACGGACGAACAACUUCCCUACGGAAGUGCGUGCGGAUAUUACUUUGUCAUCUUCGGCUGCAAGCACAACUCCGAAGCAUUGCAAUGCCACUGUGUAUUCGUCAACAGAGGUAUCCUUGCCGUCGUCCUCGCAUCGUUUAGGCGACAUCAGCGACCCCCGUCAUGUCUAUCUCCCAUUCUCGGAUCAAUUCGUUGAAAUGCUCAUUGAAAAAGGGGAUAAGGUUGCUAAGAAUGAAGUGCUCUGCGUCAUCAAACAAAUGAAAAUGGACCUCGAGGUACGAGCUCUGUACAAUGCAGUCGUCGACUUGGUAGGUCAGUUUCAUGAAGGCGAAACUGUUAAAGAAGGUUUGCAUGUGUGUGUACUGGAUGUUACGGACAGGAAUGUAGCUUCCGUCGGGAGGUCUGAGCUUUUGGCAAAAAUCUAA